AAAAAAAAAUAAAUUUUCCCGCGUGUUAUUACAUAACAUUCUCCCACUCGUCUCAAAUGAAAGUAUUUAAAUUGACAUAACACACUCUACGUAUCACAGACAAAUUUCCCCCACUUAGCGUACAAGUUUUCUGUUAAAUAUAGUACUUAACGCAUCAAAAAAUAACGAUUUGGUAAUAAAAAAUUUCCCGAUGUAAUUAAAUAAUAAUGUUCUUCACAGAAGUUAACUGCGUAGUAUUUAAAUGACUCCCCACCUAAAAAAAUUAUAUAACAAAAAUAAAUUAAUAUUAAUUUUAAGAGUUAAAGUUUGAGUCCCUUUCUUAAAGUUCGGUCCUAGUGACCUAAUUUUAAAAAUUGAGAAAGGGACAGCUCCCACUCCAAAAUAUUUUAAAAUAAUAAACACUUAGUCGGAACGUGCGUAGUUAAUAUCAGUUAUUUAGUGACAUACGUUAGUGGGAUUCAUUACUUGUAUAACUUUUGUUAUCUACGCAGAGAGUUUGCUCUCGAACAAAAAGCAUAUUGAAUAUUUUUACUCAUUAUGUUAAAACACUUGUAAGGCUUGUGUCAACAAUUUUAUUUCUCUAUCUAUGUCAGUUUAAUUUUGUUUUAUUAAUUGGUGAUUGAUAUUAAAAUUAGUUGAAUUUUUUUUUUUUUUCAUAUUUAAGUGUAGUUGUAGUGUUACAAUGCUAGCCAGGAGUAUAAGUGUUAAAUUAAAUGUUAAUAUUAAGAAAAACAUUAGCAAAUUAUCGAGGAUGCUCUGCAAUUGGCGGACAAUUACAACUUGCAGCGACUCCCAAGUCGACGACCUUGUUGUACCUAAGCAAGAGGUCAUCCGGUUUAUCACUGAGAGCAUGCAUAAAGUAGGCGCCAAUCGAGAGGACGCUGCUGUCGUCGCUCAACACUUGAUGACGGCCGAUUAUCGCGGACACUUCAGCCACGGAAUGAAUAGACUUGCAAUGUAUAUUAGUGACAUUGAUAAUAAACUCACUAAUCCUAUUGCUUGUCCGGAAACUGUUAAUGAUUUUCAGGCUAUCGCCCUCGUAGACGGGAAAAACGGCCUGGGCCAAGUGGUCGGCAAGUACAGCAUGGAGCUCGCGAUAAAAAAAGCAGAAAAAUACGGGAUCGGGCUAGUAUCAACGCGGGGUUCAAACCACUACGGAAUUUGCGGGUACUACACUCUAAUGGCGAUGGAGAAGAACCUAAUUGGGUUCAGCGCGACUAAUACGAGCCCUCUGAUGGUCCCAACACGUUCAACACAGGCCGCUUUGGGCACCAAUCCACUCUCAAUAGGCAUGAGAGCCCAAAACGACGAAUUCGUCCUAGACAUGGCGACGACUGCAGUUGCGUUGGGAAAGAUAGAGGUCGCUUUCAACAAGGAACAAGACAUUCCUCGGGGCUGGGCCCUAGGAAGCGACGGAAAAAUUACAACUAACUCAGGCGAGGCACUCAAGAACCACAAAUUAAUGCCGCUAGGUGGCGCGGAAGAGCACUCGGGAUACAAAGGCUACGGGCUGGGUGUCAUGGUGGAACUGCUGUGUGGAAUUUUAAGCGGAAGUUUUUACGGGCCUAAUAUCAGAUAUUGGACCGACGCUAAUAGGACCGCUAAUUUGGGCCACUGUUUUAUGGCUAUUGACCCUAAAGCUUUUGGGUCAGGCGCUGAGAAUCGACUUAGUCAUCUUCUUUCCCAACUGAGGGCGCUGCCAGUUAGUAGUGGAGAGGGCGUCCUUGUCGCCGGGGAUCUCGAGAGAAAAGCUAUGGCCAAAGUUGACACUUGCGGCGGAAUUGAGUAUCAUAAAAAUCAGAUUAGAAUUUGUAAAGAACUCGCGGGAAAAUUGGGGGUUAAGGCGAUGGAAUUGAUAAAAAAAAAACAUUAUGAUUAAUUUUAGUUUUUAAAAGUCAUAGAAAAUUUAUUUUUGCAAAGAAAUUAUUAUAAUUUAGAAAAAUUUAUUUUUUUAGUAAUGAAUUUUGAAGAAAUUUUUAUAGAUUGUACACUACAGACUACAAAUAUAAGCUCCAUUUGAUAAAAUUGCUUUUUGGGGCUUUUUUUGGCAAGUAGUUCCUAUGGCUGCCGCUAGGUGGCCAGGUGGCGCUUUUAUUCUCGCUUGUAGAAACUUAAAAACCAAGAUUUUUUUGUCAGCAAAGUAAAUAAGUAAUUAUUUUUUUUAAAUUGUCAUAGGCACUGUACAGCCAAAUUGGAAUUAAUUAAAAUUAAUUACAUCAAUUAGAAACUCAUUUUUUAAUUAUUAUAAACUCAAAGUUUGAAUUAAUCAUUAUUCCGCAAGAAUAAAAAUUUGGUUUUUACUCAUUUUAAUCAAAGCCUGCUAUUUUUUAACGAUUAGUUCGUACGACAACCGCUAGGUGGCCAAGUGGCGCUUUUAUUCUCGCUUGCAGAAACUUAAAACCCAGAUUUUUAUCACUAAAAUUAUUAAAUAUUUAUUUUUAUAAAGAUUUUAUCAAUAAGACAUUGUUUUGCAAGUAAUAUUAAUUUAAAUUAAUUAAUUUUAAUUAAAAAAAUUUCUUUUAAUUACUGUAAUUUUAUCGCAAUUAUUCAGCAAAAAUAAUAAUAUUUUUUUACAACAUUCUGGCUUAUUUUAGCGAAUAGUUCGUACGGCUACCGCUAGGUGGCGACAUGUCGUUUUUAUUCUUGCUUGCAGAAACUUAAAACCCAGGUUAUAUUAGUACUGUAAUUUUUUUAUAAGAAAAAAAGUUAACUGAGGUCACAAUUACUGAGCUUUUCUAUAAUUUAUUUUAAUUCUAUUAAAAAUAAACUGAUAACCUAAUUUUAAAAUUUACAUAGUUAACAACUUAAAGUAUAAUAAAUAAAUUCAUAUAUAGAGAUAAAUAAGACAUACACAUAUAUAAAACCGCUAAAAAUAUAAAGCAGUAAAUAAUAUGAAGCGAUAGUGAUAAUUUGAAGGUUAUAGUUUUGUUAUUAAUAUUUUAUCAUUAAUAAUAUCAGAUUAAAAAAAAUAAUCUAUUAUACUGAACAAUUUAAUAAUAAGUUUGUAGUUUAUAAAAAUGGGGCAAAAUGGUCAAUAUUUUUGUACUGAAAAUCAAAGAUGUUAAAUAUAUUUUUAAAUAAAAUUUUAUUAGAUUAAUUAUUAUUAUAUUGUAGGUUUAAGAAUAAAAAUGCGAAGAGGAAGUUCAAUUAUUGUAAACGGAAAAGAAUAAAUGAUUAAUAGUAAAUAA